AUGCAGCCUUCACUGUCUCCCCAUUUCUCACCACCACCACCACCCCCGCCGCCUCCUCUUUCUGAUCUUCCUCCGGGGAGCACUCACAGCAACGGAUCCCCAAACGCUCUAGGCGUGGUGGCGGCAGUGGUCCCCGACUCGGAGUCGCCGGCCGGCCGCGAGUCGCCGAACGCACCCUCGUCCUCCUCGGCGACCAGUGAUUCCCGCUCUCACUCGCAGCAGGCCGCCCAACCAGUCAUUGCGGUCCCUGCCGCCUGUCUCGGCUGCCGCGCGAAGCACCUUAAGUGCGACGGCCAGAACCCAUGCUCGCGAUGCCGGAGCUCGCAGUCCGAGUGCGUCUACGUCGCCUCUCGGCGCGGUUACAAGGGUCCGAGGAGGAACAACAACACCAACAUCAGCAAUACCCACAUCAACACCACCACCACCACCACCACCACCACCAACAACAACAACAACAACAACAACAACAACAACAACAACGACCCCGCCAAUACCAACCCGAACCCCAACAAGAGGGCACGCUCUUCGUCCCCGACAUCCACCCUUGACGUCGCCGACAAUGGCUGCUCCAUGUUCCUCGGCGCCGCCGCCGCCAACGACUCCUCCAUGCCCUUCUAUCCCGCCGCCAUCGGUCUCCCGGAAACCCCCAGUACCACCUUUGCCGCGGCGCCCAGCUUCACUAACCUGCAACUCUACCGGUCUUUCGGCGCCGCCGUCGGCUUCGGCUCCGGCUCCGGCUCCAACCAGUUGGCCCUGGCCCAGCCUCAGCCCUCCGGCGUCCAUGCCCAGGUGCCCGUCCCCACCCUUGCCGAGCGAUGUCUCGACUCCUUCUACCACCACUUCCAUGCCUCGCACCCCUUCGCCCUCCCCAAGGAGUGGUUGCUCCGCGUCAUGCGAGACACCAACAUCGAGCCCCUGCUGGCCGCCAUCCGCUGGAUCGGCGCUUUGUUCCUCGAGGUCGGGCCCGCCCGCGCCGGCUUCCUGGACGAGGCGCUGCGCCUGGUCCAGGACCCGGCGACCCGGCGCGACGGCUUCUUCGUCCAGGCUCUGGUCCUCCUCGUCGUCGGCCUGGACGGGAGCGGCGAGCAGGAGAGGGCCCGCGACCUGCUCGGCGACGCCGAGCGCGUCGCUCUCGAGCUCGGCCUGAACACGCGCGGGUACGCCACGCAGUAUGGCCGCGGCGUCCCCGUGCUCGAGGAGAGCUGGCGCAGGACGUGGUGGGACCUGUUCGUCGUUGAUGGCAUGGUCGCCGGAGUCCAUCGUCAGACCAACUUUUUGCUCUUUGACGUGCCCGCCGACGCCGCCCUCCCCUGCGAGGAGCACCAAUACAUGUCCGGGACCAUCCCGCCGCCAUUGACCCUCGCCGACCUGGAGGACCGGGACUUCUCCGGCGAGGACAGGGAGUUCUCGUCGUUCGCGUACCGCGUCCUCGCCGGGCGCAACCUGGGGAGGUUCAUGCGCGUGCCGCCCAUCUUCGGCCCGGACGACGAGAACCUGGUGCGGAUCGAGGCGCUCCUGACCAACUGGAGGCUCCAUCUCCCGGCGUCCAAGAGGGACGCGCUGAACCAGAAGCUGCAGCCGGACGAGAUGAUUUUCCAGGCCAACAUGAUGACCAACGCAACGUCCAUCAUGCUCCACCAACCUCACUCGCAGCUCGACUCGUCGCCUACGCGGUCCGUCACGUCGUGCGCGCCGCACCGGCCGGUGCCGUCGGGCGACCUGUUCAACUCGCACACGAGCCACACGGUGACGUCGGCCGCCGAGAUCAGCCGGAUGAUCACGCACCGCGCGCCGCUGACGUCCCACACGCACUUCUUCACCUGCGUCGUCACGCUCUCGUCCAUCGUCCACCUGAGCCGCUGGGCCCUCUUCUUCGUGCCCCACGACGACGACGAGCUGCGCCAGCAGAUCCGGCUCAACAUCGGCGCCCUCAACACCCUCUCGGCCGUGUGGCGGGCCGCCGGCAAGGCCGCCGGCCAGGUCAAGGGCGUCGCGCACGAGAUCUACCAGUCCAAGAAGGCGUCACAGGCCGCCAACCCGUCCUACUGGCAGGGCUUCAGCCAGGAGGAGGUCAUGAAUAGCAUCGCCGCCGACGAGACCAUCAUGAACGACAUCGAGACGGGGCUGGGCGGGAUCCCGCUGCCGUCUCUCGACAGCCUCACGGGGUAGUUGUCGGAAUAUUGAGGGGGAGGGGGCCUGAAGUCUGCAUGUGAAGAGCGCAAAGACGAAUGAUGGGGAUGGAAAGGAAGUGACUGGCGUGAUAUGCAUCAUCGGCCGUCCGGUUCGGUUCGUGGGAUACCAGCUCGUGCACAGCAUGAGCAGAGGAUGAGGCGUCGUGGACGGUUUUUCUUUGGUUUCUUUUUUGCUGAUUGAGCCAUCAUUUUCUUUUCCAUGUUGGUUGAUCUACUACGGCUUCUAGCGUCAAGCCUGCUCGAAAAGUCCACAUAUGUAGAUUUAUCCGCGGCAGCUUGGACGGCGGCGGCGGCCCGUGGCUCGCGGGACUUUUCUCUCCGUCUCUGAAUUACACGUCUAUGCUUGCUAAUGUCUGUGACUGUCAAGACUCAACCGCCUUCGACACGGCCCUGAAAGACUCGGGGCGGCAGCUUAAU